GCGUGGUGUAUUCAGCAAUUAAAGAAAUGGAAUGGACAGGUUUAUAAGAUUUAGCCAGGAAAGACUAGAAUCAGAAGCUAAUGGUUGCGGGUUGGGGCACUCCCUUUGGUCCGAUUGGCUCACACGCUUAAAUUGUGGCAACAACAAAUACUAGCUACUACAUGCUUCAUAAAUAAAAGGAGGUCCAUUUUCAAUUUAUUCCUCUGCAUAUCCCCCCCUUCUGUCUUCUCCUCUCCUUUGCAACUCCUCUCCAUAUCCUGAUCAUUCCAAGGAAAGUGUAAGAGACUAAGAGGGAGGAUAGGACGAGAUGUUUUUUCAGAGGAGGAAUUCAAAGAAAGUGAAGGACACCGAUGGAUCAUCACCGAAGAAGGACAAAGAUGGCCGUGGGAAGAAUGAUUUCUUCGAUCGCGCCAAGGGUGCUUUUACAGGAAGCCUCAAGUCAGCCAAGAAUGACGCUCAAGGGAGAGCGGAAAAGGUUCAAGCAGAUGUGAAGGCUGGCUUUGAAACAAUCUUGGAGAAGGGAUCAGGCAUUCUCGAGAAAGCGAAAGAGGAUGUUGGAGGUCACUCAGAAUCAGAAGCCAGCCGCUCAAAGGAACUAGGUCAAGGAAGUGAAGAACAAGGAAAGGAGGACAUGGAAGCUUUCAAUUCAAUGCUCGACAAGGUGAAAACUCACCCAGAUGUGAUGGACAAGGUCCAUUCGGUCCUCGACAAAGUGAAAAAACACCCAGAAGUGAUAGAAAAGGUUGCGGAGGUUUUACAUCUGGGAAAACAUGAAUCCAAAGAGAAAGAAGCUGCUGAGGUCAAGGAGAAAACAAAAGGCGAGAAAACACAGGACGCUGACGAGGGCGCCUCUGGCGAUAAGACCAAAAGCUCAAACAUCCUAGAGGAGGCUGUGGAAGAAAUUCAGGCUGUCUUUGCAGCGGUGCAGCAGCAAGAUACAGAUGAAACUGAGAUUCCAGUUGAGGCUGCUGCCGAAACCGGAACUCCAGCUGAAGGAGAACAGCCCGAGGAAGCAAAGCGGGAGGUGGAGAAAGACGACCCGAAGAAGCGAAUCGAUUUCCUCGGGUUCUUCGCCAUGCUGUUUGAGAGGUUCUGCUCCCCUGCUGCCAAGAAGAAAGACUAGGGUGUGGCAGUUCAGCUGUGGAUUAAUUCUGCCUUUUUUGUGUUCUUUGAAAUUGAAUGGUCUGCUUGGGAGGGUGUGGAUGGUGUACAGUUUGCAGCUGUGUAUUCUCUUCAGAGUUGUUUGUUUUUGGAUUUGUCCUUGAUGUUUGAUGAAUGCAGAAAAAUAGUGUUUUAUUUUGUGUAACUCUUGUUACUUAUGGAUUUGAUCCAAUUUAUGUGAAUGAAAAAAACAAUUGAAUUUA